AUGCCGGUAUUUGAAGAUGUGGCUGCGUUCCAUGCCUGGAUCAAGAGCCUGACCAGGCAGUAUUGGCCAUUGGUCCAACCGAAGCUGGAAAAGACAUUUGCCAAAUACGACAACACACCUACCGUAUUCACUCAUGGAGAUAUCGCGGACCACAACAUUCUGAUCGACGGGGGAAGGAUUUCAGGAUUGAUCGAUUGGGAGACGUCCGGUUGGAUGCCGUAUUAUUGGGAGAAUGUAUGUUGUGAGGAAGUGGGCCCACCGAAGGCGUUCAAGAAGGUGGUUGAGAUCGCAUUGGCUGACUUUGGAGCGGGCGAAGGAGAGGGCAUAUCUCAGGCUGCCGAAACAACCAACAACCGCCCGCCACGUGAAUUUAUGACAAAGGAACAGCGACGAUAUUUUUACGGGGAUAAUUGUCUUGACGAGAGCGACAAUUCUGUACCGGAACUCCCUGCGAUCAUUCAGUAAAGAAAAUAGCGAAACAGCGCUGUCAAGGAUGGGGCAGGCGCGUCUGAUGAGGACAUGUAAUUGGCAAUUACGUGGGUACAUGAAGAACCCAAUCUUGUCUUAACAACGAUGUGGUUUGGUGGUGCUUAUUGAUAACGUCGUGAUUCUGCCUAGGAUAAUCUGCUCAGCUUCUGUCUCUUG